UUUGCAGCUGUGCUGUCCUUAUGGGCUCUCCAGAGCUGAGCUGCAGGGUGGUACCACCAGGCUCUGCAGGUGCCACAUCCUGGUGGUACAGAAGGAUGUUUUGUGGCCGUGGGGACACAGUCCCAGCUCUCAGCCCUGCUUCUGGGGGGCUGAGGUGUAGGGCUGUCCUGGUGCUGGCUGUUUGUCUGUCUGUUACUGCCCUGCCCCACAUCCUGGGCUCGCUGGUGGCCUUGUCCCCUGGUGCCUCGUACAAGAGGGACAGUAUGGUGGCACUACACAGAGACCUGCUUGGCCAAUCCAGGAGGGCACAGAUGGAUGCUGAGGGCACCGUGGGGUGCUUCCAUGGCGAAGAGGAUUUGUGCAAUAGGACGGAUACUGAAAGCCUGGUAACUCCAACUGGAGCCCUGAAACUGGAGCUGGGUGCCAACAGCAUGACUGCAUCCGACUCACCUGCACCCAGCAGCUUCUCCCACGUCCAGAAUGAAACUGUUGAUGUUGCAGCCCCAACAAGGAGCCCAAGACUGGAGCAAACUUCCCAACUGGAGUCCUUUCCAGAGUCAUCCCCAGUACUGCCAACAGCAGGGGCAUCCAGCUGGGAUGGAACCCAUAGCACUGUGUGGACGCCUCCCGUCACACCUGGAGGAACAGAAGCUGCUCUGGUGGUAGGCACCAUUGGAGAUGAGGUGCUGGGAAAUGGAUCUGGGCUUACAGCCAUCAUCUCAUCAUUACCUCCAUUGCAUGGCGUCAGCCACCUACGUGCACUGGCUCCAUCCCUUCCUACAGAGGGGCUCGGGGGCUCUGCUGUCACCUUGGAGGAACCUAGUGAUCCAUCCCCUGCACACCAGGCUGGCCCAGCGCUCACCAAAGCCCCUUCUGUCCCCGUUUGGAUGUGGUUCCCCAGCACCACAGGUCCUACUGAGGAUGGGGAGAGCUUGAUAUCUCCUGCUACAACCCUCGAGCCUGGGGCCACUGAAACCGUGUGCCAGCAUGGAGCAGCUGUGGGGGCUUCCUGGUGUCCAAAAGCAGCAGAUGUGAGCCAGGGCUCCCCAGUGGGGUUGACCACCCAGACAUCUUCUCCAGCAGCAUCUUCAGAGCACACGCUGGGCUCUGUGCAUCCUCCCAGCUCCAAGCCUUCUGCUGCAGGGCCUUGUAUCAGUUCUCCAUCCCCAACUUACCUGCCAGCUUCUAUUACCACCACUCAUGCCCCAAGCUCUCAGACCUUCACUGCGUCAACACUGCCCACGUCUGCUCAUCCAAAGUCCAGCCCUUCUCCUGCCACCUCCCAGCACCCCUCUGCAGACAGAGCUGAUGUGCCCGUAGCCACCAGCUGGGUGGCAGCAGGAGAAUUCUUCACUCCAGAGCAACUUGCGACAACUGUGGGCAGUGCUGGAUCUAUGGGGACAAAGACCCCUGUGCACACCUUGCCCUUGAGUUUCAGGCUCUUGGGUAUUGCCUUCACUGAAGAUCUGAGCAAAAAGUUUUCGAGGAGCUACAAGGAGCUGGAGAAAGAAGUGAGGAUGAUGCUGCACCAGGUGCUGUCCACCUAUGAUACCUUCCUCCAAGCAAAUAUCCUUGGGUUUAAGAAUGGCUCAGUGCUGGUGCAAGCACAGGCUGUGUUCCAGGGGGAGGCUCCUACCAGCUCCCACCUCAUCCGCACGCUGGUGGCAGGGGCGAGCUGGGGGCACGAUGCCUUCAGCUGGUGGCUGGAGCCCCAUUCCAUCAGCUCCAACGGCUUCAAUGUGGAGAGCCUGGACCCUGAGAAGCUGUCCAUCUCCUUCACAGUGCUGGGUGGGAUGGAGCCUGCAGAGAGGCUGGUUGGUGAGGUGAUGCAGUCUCUCAGUGCCCUCUACCCUGUGAGGAACGUCACUGUUGGCCAGCUCAGAAAAGCCAAUGGGGACCUGGAGAUGGCUGGGGAUGUCUAUCUGGACACCACCACCCAUGCCAACAUCACUGCAGUCCUGCAGGCACUGACUGCCCUUGCCACGUGCUCUGUGGACCUGAGCUCGCUGUCGGUGCAAGGGACCAGGCUGCAGCUGCAGGUUUACCCACUCUCCUUCCUGGUCACCAAUUGGCAUUUCAGCAAGGAGCUGCUGGAUCCACUCACCUCUGAGCACCGGGAGCUCAGGAAGGCCCUUGGAAAUGUGGUGGCAAAAGCCCUGAGGGACAACGGGAGCUUCCUGCAAGUGGUGAUAAGAGGAUUCCUGCCUGGCUCCCUGCUGUGCCAUGGGGAUGCAGUGUUCCAGCUCCCUGCUCCCAGCAGCCUGGAGGUCCUGGAGGCUCUUGUUCUUGCAGUUGGGCCAGACAAGGCUUUGGCUGCCUCAGACUUCCAGGUGGAUCCAUAUUCCAUUUCAGUAGGAGAGGACACCCUGGAGCCCCCUCCUGCCCCUGGCUUUCCUGAGUACGGCGUGUCCAUCAUAGUUGUGUGUGGCCUCAUCAUCAUCACCAUUCCCAUCGUCCUGCUGGUGUGCCUGAGGACCAGGAGGUUUGGCUGGAGCGAUGUGGCCGUCCUGUCGGAUAGGAGAGACCCUGAAGCAGGGACACAGACCCUUGAAAUGGAGAACCGGGGCUUCUGGGCAGCCUCUGAUGAGGCCACUGAGGAGGCUCACGAGUGCUGGCAAAGGGAAUCUGUGGCCUGUUGAGAGGACAUGCAGUUGCUGGAGCUGAAGCAGAACCAGAGUCUGGUGGGAGACAGAUGCUGAGAAGCUGUCUCUAUUCACCCUCUGGUUUCGGAUGCCAGAUAUUCUUUGAGAACAGUGUAAGGAAAGAUUAAUUUAUAUGUUAAACUUUAAUAAACUGUUUAUAA